AUGAUGAGGAUGGGCGUGGCUCGCGACCCUUCCUCUUUCAGGCCCUGCCGAAGCCUCACUGCACACUCGGUCGUGUCAAACUCCUCUUCCCGCUCCCUAGCUACCACCUUCUCAACGCUAGCCGCAGAUGACGUAGCCUUCUUUGACGAAGUCGUUGCAUCAUUGUCUCCCGGUGACGCCUCCUUUGCCUCGCUCAAGGCAGUCUAUGAGAGAAUUCGUGGCAGAUGGCCUGGUAUCAGUGACGGCCGGGACGCACAUCUCUGGAACUGUCUCCUGAGCUUAGUCAAGGUCAGGGGCAGGGACUGGAGCGAAAGAUGGGAUGCCGUGAGAAUCGAGAUAGGAUUUGAUCUCCGUGAGGCAGACAUGACAGCGUCAUCGAUUGUCAGCGAGGCAACAGCGGAGCGGGAGAGCUUUCCUCACGCUCUCUCGCUCGCUGUUGGGUCCGGUCUCACCCGGCGCGACAUUCCGAUCCAGACUACUCAGCAAGAAUGGUCUCAAGACACGAGUCAGAGCGAAGGCAGCAACGCUGAUCGUUCAAGCGCAUCGGACGAAGAUAAAGACGAUUAUUGGGAGCAACACAAGCAAAGCAGCGCAACCUCCAGCUUGACAACUGUAGGUGCUGAGGCUGGUCAAUCAACCCCACCUUCAAGCCGUACAGUCUCUUCUACACCUUCUUCAUCCAAUGCUCGUAAAAGCGAAUUCUCCGAUCUGCAGGCUCGCAUCGUCAAUCUGACGCGCCAAGCAGGAAACUUGGUUCUACAAGCAGGUGGGCAAUCGAUCGCCCAGACGCCGAGAGCAACAGGAAGGGCUCCAGCAUCGGACGGGAUGGGAGGACUGUCAGCAAGGUCAAGCCCACCCUUGCAGUCUGGCCUGCAUCGACGACAGGGCAACGUACUUCUCCCACCUCGAGAGCAGCGCGACCGAGGCGCCACUGAAACGUCGCCCUCUGCCUUGUCUGAUGUUCUGCCGCUUCAAUUGCAGCAGGCGCCUCAGCAGUUUCCUCUUGGUCCGAGGAGGGAUGUCCUCUCAGUGAUCAGAUCGACUCCAGGAUCCCUUCGCGAUGCAGUCUAUCGCAGAGCAGAGGAGAGCGAAGAAGUGGCCUGGGAAGGAAGUGCGAACUAUGCUCAAAGGCAUUACGAACUUCACCUUCUUGCCGCCUGUUUUGGAUGGUGGUGUGAGCUCCAUGACAGGCAGACUGCGCGUGAGCACAAGGCGAAGCGCUUCGGCCUACAUGGUCUGCUAUUGAGAGUGCUCGGUCAUUGGAAGCGCUCUGCUUUGAUCGACAGAGAUAGAGAGCACAUGACUGCCAGAGCUGAUGCUGUGCGAUGCCAGCUUUCCGCCUGGAGAAAAUGGCGACGACUGGCAAGGACGACAAGAACGCAACGAUGGGAGGGCAGAAAGACAGAGAUGCGCGAGAGCUAUACUGUCAUCAAGGAGAAGCGUCAGCUCCGUGAGCAAGAUGAAAGGUGGCAUCGAUGGCGAUUGAGGCUCCUCGGGAAGCGCUCAGCGAACUUCCGCAGUGGACAUUUGCUCGGAGGCGCCUUCUAUCUUUGGCGCCUCAAGCUCGACGUUGCUCAAAGACUAGGACGACAGGAGCGAAAGGCACUCGCAAGCAAACAAUUCGCUCUGGCGAAGAAGGUCUUUGACAUGUGGGUGAUACAAAUGCGACUGCUGGUACUGCUAGACAGAUGGCAGGACGAGCACGCCGUGCAAACGUUGAGGGAGCCAUUGACGAUAUGGAAGAAGACAGCAUCUCUUACGAUGAUGGAGCGAGCGUAUUCCGCUCACCGCCUCCGGAGAACCGGACUUCAGACGUGGUUGCAGCGUCUGGCAGAGAUGGGACCGAGGAAGAGGCGCCAGAAGCAAGCCGAUUGUCGGCUCAACAAGUCAAUACAGAGUAGGGCUAUAUGCCGAUGGAAUCUUGCGAUGCAACAGGCGAGGAGGCGCAGACUUCAAGCCGUUCAAUUCAAGCAGGCUUCCGACUAUAAGACUUUGAAAGACGCUCUGACGAUCUGGCGCACAGAGGGACGAGCUCAACUCUUCCGGAAAGUCCGAUGUGAAGGCCUCAGAAAGAUCUAUCUUGCGCAAUGGCGGACCACCUACACACGGAAAGUGGCUGAACUGUCGGAACAUGCUCAAAAGCUUUCCUUCUCAAACAGCCGCAGGGCUGUCUCUGCAUACCUAUCGCACUGGCGGACAAUGGUGCGCACUCAACGAGAACUCACCGCUAUGGCGACUGCCAUAGAUGCCCGUGCCGUACAGGCUAAAGUCUUCCAAACGUGGAGAUCCGCCAAGGAUCAGCUCUUAAGGAGGACAGAGAAAGCUGCUGCAAUCGAAGAAUGUUCUUUGUUGAAGCGAAAUUUCAGUUUCAUGAGAGCAAAGGUCAGAGCCACCAAGGUGCACUGUUUCAGCGACAAACGAGACGCUCGUCUGCUCAAGCGCGCUUCCUCCUUUUGGCGUGGACGAGCCACGCAGCAAAGUAUAGACAGACUUGGCGUAGCUCACAUACAGUCCGCGAUAAGCCUGCGUACUGAGAAACAGAUAUUGCAACACUGGACACAGCGCGUCAUCGAGCGACGUUCCCUCCUGAUCGAGGUGGGAGAAGCCCACAAUAUCAGGGUCGCGCUGAAGGCCUUCCAUUCAUGGUGCCUCACGAGGAGGCGAGUCGAAGAUCUGCAGCGGCUGGGCCAGAGCUUUCGAGAUGUCAAGAUCGAAGAAGCAAUACGGCGUAAAUUCCUGAGCUGGUCGCUCCGGUAUCGCAAAGCACUCUCCUUGCGCGACCGAGCAGCUCGCUUUGUCACUUCGAAAGAAGAAUCGAUGCGAACGCAAGCCUUUGCAGUGUGGUAUGACAAUUGGAGACAAAUGGGUUUGCGCGCCCUCGAGUACGAAGUAGCCCUGCAGCGACAAGAAGACGCGAAGUCACGCGUGCUGAAUGUGUGGAUGUACAGGACGGCAUCCUUUCCUGCAAUACGCCUGGACCAUUCGCGGCUGAAAAGGCUCGCUCUCAGAACGUGGCGGAAGGGAGUGCCAGGCGCCAUGUCAAGAAGGCUAGCCGUGCAACAAGACAACCAUUCGCUUUCCCGGAAGGCAUUUUGGCACUGGAUCGAUAGUAGCAAAGCUCAACGUGCGGCCAGGGCGGCCGCUCGCUUUGGGGGACAGUCGAUGGCGCGCUUGCGCCGACACUCCUCCCGGACUCAGAGUCCGUUUAUCACCAAAGCUCGAAGAAGCAGCGGUAACGGUCAUCAGCGCAGUUCUAGUCCAGUUGCGAGAGGGGAAUCAGAUGAGGGAUACAGGAGCUUUGCUUCUGUGCGCAGGGCUCGCAGUGAGGCGCUGGAGUCCGAGCGACCAUCGGCACUUACAGGUACGAUCAGACCCCGAUCGGAAGUCAGCUCUGCCUCGGGCGGUGCUUCAGCGGCUCUUCAGGGCUCGGAUGAUAUACUAUCAACGUCAGGCGGAGCAGGUCUUCCAGUGAUGGCAGAGAUCGAUGGCACAAUGGGCAAGGUAGCUGCAGUCGUCUCUCGUCAACCGACGUCACUCCAAAUAUCUUCGUCGCGCACCCCGGUCCGACAGGCCGAUGAGCAAUUGCAUCGGCUCGCAGUGUAUCGCCGCACCACGCCGACGUUCUCGUCCGUCACUUCAGACGGAGGUACUGACAACAGAAAGAGCACUGUCAGCCUCACAUCGCACGAUGCACAUCACGGAAUAGCUUCGCAACGCGGAAGCCGAGGGGUGGGGACAGGCGCAGCAGCGCGCUCGUUGCCAUCCUUGUCUGUUGCCGCGAGCGAUGGAGAAGCAGCGGGGCAAGCGAUGCGGCAGACAGACGCGCUCACUCAACGUCCCGCCAGUCUCGCCUUGUCAGCCUACACACCUGUCGCGCCCUUUGCGCGUACAUUGCGAGAGCAAAGAGCCCAUCCAACAUCAUCGCGGCGGAAGACGGUAGAGAGGGCCCCUUCAGUAGUCAGUGCACAUGAGCUGCACCAUCCGAGAAGCGGAUCAAACUUCGUGGAGGAUCUUCGGAGAAAGCGUAGAGCUGUGAUGGAACGGCAGACCUAG